CGUAAUUACGUCACUAGCGACGCAGGACGUACGUAAACCGUUCGGCGCUAAUUUUCAAACGGGAGCCGGAGAGCAGGAGUAGAGGACCGGAGCGUAUUAAAGGUCACAGACGGUAUGAGUGCGGUAAAUACCCCGACGUCCCGACCGCGGCAGUGGUCUUCCCCAGCUCUGGGGCCCAGUAGGACCCUGUCUGCCAACAGUACUCCUCUUCUUGGGUCCAUCCAGGGCAAUGAUGAUGAACAGGAGCGACGUCAGAGACGCAAGUCCAAAGUUAUUGACCUGCAUGGAGUGGGUGAUUCCUCAAUCAACGAGGGUGGAACGUUCAGUAAUGCAGGCACUCCUGCUGCUGUACCCAAGCUGUCCUCAGCCCAGAUCUCUGAGCAUUAUUCCACCUGCAUCAAGCUCUCCACUGAAAAUAAAAUCACCACGAAGAAUGCAUUUGGUCUGCACCUCAUCGAUUACAUGGCUGAUAUUCUCAAGGAGAAAGAUUCUGAGCUCAACUUUAAGGUGGCUGCAGGAACCCUGGAUGCCAGCGCUAAGAUCUAUGCUGUGAGGGUUGAUGCAGUUCAUGCUGAUGCCUACAGAGUGCUGGGAGGGCUGGGUGCUGAGACCAAACCUAAAGAAGGUCAGGAGGGUGAUGACGAUGCAACAGAGGACGGGCAGAGCGAACAGGCCAGUGCCAAACAGGCCCCGAAGAAAAGACCCCCAAAAAAGACAGUGGAGCAGAACCUGAGCAACAUUAACCUUUUAGAAUCAGAAAUGAAGUGUGAGGUGGACCCCAUGUUCCAGCGCAUGGCUGCGUCGUUUGAUGAGAACAGCACAGCCGGAGUGUUCCUGUCCGUGUUGUUCAGUGAGGACAGUCGCUGUGAGCUCCGCUUCCCCUCCCACAUGACCCUGCUCCAAUCCCGGCCACCCAGCGCCCCCGCACCUGUUCAGCACUCACCUGCCUCACCCUUCACAGCUAGCCUGAGAGCUCUGGAGGAGAAAUGUAUCUGCCCAUCUCUGAAAGACUUCUCCUUCACCCAGUGGACACCUGGCCAGAGCACCAGUUUGAACCAGUUGCUGGAGAAGAUGAAGCAGGGUGAGCACGCUUUUGACGUCAACGCUGAGAUCGAACCAGAAGUGGACGACGCUCCAGACUUUGAGGAUUUUGAUGCUGAUGGAGAUGACAUGGGGCCGGGAGACUGCGGGGAUGUAUUUGACGAGCACAAAGAGGGUUGUGCUCAGAGAGGCUCUGACAAACGGGGGGUAAUACCGAUAGGAGAGGCGGAUAUCUCCACCAUGUGCCUCCAGCUGUCAGAUAAACCCAGAGAAUACUCCUACUUCAGCCCCCGCACCAUGGCCACGUGGGUCGGCCCGGGAUACUGGCUCUUCAAACCAACACACAAACAGGAUCACAAACCAGAUAAGGAACCCAAAAAGAGGGCACCCAAAAAUCCCCUGGUUAUCGACUUCAGCGAAGAUAUCCACUUUCACAAUUACUUCCGCACCACUAAAGCUGCGACCACCAUCAGUAAAUCCGCUCUGAACAGCAGCAACAAGAAAACCACCCUUCCUGCAGACUUCCAGUAUCCACUCAGCAACCUGUCUCAGCUCAGCCUCAAACCCUCCAACACGCUCAAUGCAGAAGGUAAGAAGAGGUUAUCUGGUGAGCUCACAGAGGAAAUCGGAGAGUACGACUACAACAAUGCCAAUGAUACUGCCAACUUCUGCCCAGGGCUACAGGCUGGAGACAGUGAUGAUGAAGCUGAAGGCUUUGCUGGAACAGAUGAUUCUCCGCCUAUAGAAGACAGACUGAACGCCUUUGACCCGGACGGUGUCUCUACGUAUGGAGAGGAUUGCUUGGUUCCAGAGCCUCAUAAGGUGAAUAUCAUUGAGAUUAACUAUGCCAGGACUGCCAAAAAGAUGGACAUGAAGAGGUUAAAGACCAGCAUGUGGAGCCUUCUGACUGACAGCCAAGAAAAAGCAGCUCCGGAGGUGGAAAGUGAGUCAUCUCAUGAAGUCCCAGGAGAAAAGUCCUUCAGAGAGUCCACCAAAACGCUCUUACAGAGGCUGCCCACCACCAUGGCCAAUAAUCUCUCUGUGCCCCUCGCCUUCGUUGCCCUUCUGCAUCUGGCCAAUGAGAAGAACCUGGAGCUUCAUAAAGUGGACGACAUGUCGGACAUCAUCAUCAAACAAGGCUACUGAUACUCUCAUACGCCACUUCCAUUUAAUCUGCUUUAUAAAGCAGUUUUACUUUAUUCUUUAUAAAUUGUACAGUAUGAUUUUUUGCUACAUGUAAACUCUCUUCUUGCCUGUUAUCCUUGUUUUCAUUUCUUCUGUAAAGUUGAGCUAAAAACAUUUAAUUCAUUUUCUUGACUUGUGCUUUUAAAAGGGACAGGAGUGUAAAAUAAAAUAGACAACAAGAAAAGUCCUGAUAAAAUGUACUGAUACUAUAUUAUCAUGAUAAAAUAGGAGGAUACGACUAUUCUUUCUCUCUCUUUUUUUAAGAAAUGAAAUGUGUAUAUAUCAUGCUGUGAAAAUGCCCUGUUUUCUAAUCAGGCAUUAUGAGAACCACAAACUUUUCUCUUUCAUGCUUUUUUACUUUUUUCACAGAUGCAGUUUUGUUCAUUUAAACCUGUCUUCCCUUUUGUGUGUCCUUCAUUAAAACUCUUCAACCUUGUGCUA